GUCUUAUUUUGGCGUUUGGGCCUUUCCUUCCCGCGGGCCACGAGCUCUCGGCGCCCACGGCACCUCCGGGACGCGCCCUCAGCCAAGGGACACGCCGCCGGCCGCAGAGGCGCCUCCGAGGCCACUCCGGGGGGCGGGAGCUGCGCGCCCAUUUUGGCGGAGGAUAAACUAAGCAGGUGCAAGAUGGCGGGUGUUGGGGACGCAAGGGAGCGGGAGAGCGCCUCGCCCUCGCCCGUCCAGGCGCCCGAGACCCACGACGAGGCCAAAGACAGGGCGGCCCUGGAGGAAGAGUUGCAAAACAUACAGAAUAUCAUCCACCUGACGAAGGAGUACAUCGAUGACCUCAACUCUCGCUUUGCCGGUUUCCAGCACCCCCCAUCUUUAUAUCUCACGGAGUACACAGAGCUAACUGGAAAGUUGCACAGAUUUGAGGCCAAGGAGCAAGAAAUACUAGAGCAGUUGACCCUUGCAACUGGGCAGACCGCGCAGACUAAUGGCUGUCACGAAGACUUACCUGAGGGGCAGACGGCAGCCUCUGCGGAGGAGGCGGAGCCAGGCUAUCCGCCCAUGACACAAGCUUCCAGUAGUAAUGGUGUAUGUGAAGAGGUGGCACGUUCCACGCCACAAUCUCCCCUUCGAUCGGUUGUACGGGCGCAUUUGCCCAACCAGCAACGCACUACAGUACAAGUGCAGCCAGGACGUACUUUAAAAGAAGCAUUAGCAAAGGCUCUUAACUUCCGUAAACUUUCCCACGAUGUCUGCAUUGUGUACAGAAAAAACAAUCCUAAGGUGCGCAUGUCUUGGGACUCGGACAUCGCGGCGUUAGAAGGAGAGGAAAUUGUUGUGGAGGUUCUAGAAAAGUUUCCUGUAACAACAUCCAUCUCCCACAAUUUUAAUAGAAGAACAUUCUUUUCUUUGGCAUUCUGUGAUAACUGUCGACGACUUCUAUUCCACGGGUUUGUAUGCCGUACAUGUGGCUAUCGCUUUCAUCAACGCUGCUCUGUUGGAGUUCCAACGCUGUGUCAGCAGGAUCAGCGUAUUACAAAUAAUAUCUACCAGCAUUUAUUAGCGUCGUAUCAAGAUAACCCAGCAGGAAUCCUGACCACAACAGUGUAUGGAGGCCCCCACGGAGCCCAGUCUUCGCUAUUAGGUCCCUAUGCCGGCCAUUAUCCCGGUGGCUAUGGUGGCCACUACAUGGACAGUUACAGGAACCAGUAUCCUGGCCAAUAUUCCAGCGGCGGCAGUGAAGGGCAGGUGCCGCCCCCACUGCCCCGGCCUGCCCCCGCCCCCCUGGCCCCGAGGGACCGGUCCUCCUCGGCUCCCAACGUGUGCAUCAAUCUGGUCAACCCUUCCAACCAGUCAGAUGCUGGUGCCUCGUUGGCGGAGUUUGCACAAAGGAUUGGCAAGAAUUACAAUCCUACAAGUCCAGGGGUCCACUUCUUUGGGUCCUCAACGUUGUACCUCCAUGAUAGUGGGGGGGGGACUUGGAGCCCCCCCACACACAUGUCCCACAUCAUGAUGCCCUCCCCAGGGUAUACAGGGGGCGGGGGGAUCCUAGCCCCGCCUCCCUCGACCAGCCCCACCAGCAGCCCCACGCGCCCUGUCCAAGGCUCUCACUCUGCCCAGGCCUCCCCCACCAACACUCUCAAAACUGUGCGACCCAGAGCUAGAUCAGCUGAUGAAUCUGUUUCAGGCAAGAAGGUCAGACAGUCAUCAAAAGACACAGUGGAGGACUGGGAGAUACCAGUAGAUGAAAUCCUGAUUGGUCAUCGCAUCGGGUCUGGCUCAUUUGGGACUGUGUAUCGGGGUCACUGGCAUGGCCCGGUCGCAGUCAAAACAUUAAAUGUCCGUGAUCCGACACCAGCACAGUACUCAGCCUUCAAGAAUGAAGUCUCGGUACUCAAGAAAACAAGACACGUUAAUAUAUUGCUGUUUAUGGGGUGUGUGAAGACGCAGCAACUGGCCAUUGUGACACAGUGGUGUGAAGGCUCUAGCCUUUAUAAGCACCUUCAUGUACAGGAAAACAAAUUUGAACUUAUGAGAAUUAUAGACAUUGCCAGGCAAACGUCACAAGGCAUGGAUUACCUCCAUGCAAAGAAUAUUAUUCAUAGAGAUCUUAAAUCCAAUAAUAUAUUCUUGCAUGAUGAUUACACAGUCAAGAUUGGUGAUUUUGGUCUGGCUACAGUCAAGGGUGGCCGCUGGAGCCAAGAGAGCCCGGGAGGCAGACAGAUUCAGCAGCCGUCUGGAUCAAUCCUCUGGAUGGCGCCGGAGGUCAUCCGUAUGCAGGACGAGAACCCGUACACUUUCCAGAGUGACGUGUAUGCCUUUGGGAUCGUCUUGUAUGAACUCUUUUCGGGCUGCCUCCCCUAUUCGCAUAUAAACAACAAAGAUCAGAUAUUAUUCAUGGUUGGCCGAGGCUUUUUGCGGCCAGACAUGUCCUACUUACGGUCAGAUAUGCCCAAGCCAAUACGUCGCAUCUUAGAUGAUUGUAUUAAAUACAAUCGAGAUGAUAGACCGCUGUUCCAACAGAUCCUAGCCAACUUAGAAUCACUAGUACGUUCCUUGCCAAAAAUACAUCGUUCAGCAAGUGAGCCGACACUUACGCGCACACACCUUAACAGUGACGACAUGAUCUAUUUGUGUGCGUCACCCAAGACACCCAUCAACUCCGGCGCCUUCCCCUUCUCCAUGACCGGCAACAUUUAGUGUGUGCGCUUGAAGGUGGUCGCCUUGGAUACCACAACAACCCUUGUUGUCCCUCCCCCCCCCAAAGGAGACUCUGCUAGACUUGUCAGCUGGCGUCCCGUGUCCUGCGUCUCGUGUCCUGGACUCUCAGCAGUUGAGCCGUCAGACGGAGUAUUCCAUCGCACGCCGGCAGCGGAAAUUCUUCGGAGAGCCUCAUCCCCUAGGCCAUACCAGCUGAGUCACCACAUGGAGUGCACCUCACCUAGAAUCCACUGAGAAGUUCCAAACAGCUUACCUAGGCUUGCCAGCAGAUUUGUUCCAUGGACAAUAAUCUGUGUAAAGUUGUCUUAGACAACAUAUCCAGGCUGAAUCAAUGAUAUUGUUAAAUGGACAAUAAUUUUUAUCCUGAGUUGUCCCCAAGAGCUACUACAGACCUUACAAACUAAGCCACCCAAGGAGCCAACUCCCCAAGAUCCCAGACGAAGGAGUUGCCUCACAGUGCUCCCUGGCCUCAUCUACUGAGUUACAUCAACUCCCCUGGUCCAACCGUAUUAGUUAUGUCAACUCCCUCGGCCUUAUCAGUUGAAUAAAUUCCAUCUCCAUGGUUUUUAUCAGCUGAUUCAUCAACUUGGCCUCAUUAGCAGUAUUGUUGACUCCCCUGGCCUCUCAUCGUCAUCAUCAUCAUCAUCAGCUUGUUGGUGUGUGGUGUUCAGGCAUAUGCCAGCUGUUUUGCAUCAGCAGUGGAGGUACGUCACCACCUCAAGCCUUAUAAAUUAUUUGCCUCGGUUAUUUAGUGGACACAUCAGCAGCCUUAUGCCAGUUCAGACUAUGGCUCCAUCUACCCAAGCAUUGCGCAUGUUAAGGUCUUUACAAUAUAGUAUUUCACAUAAUUAAGGUGAUGAUAUCGUGUGUGAUUUUUUAGUUUCAAUGCGUCCUCUGUAGAUGUGAAUGCAAGCUACUUGUCCCAAAUUGUUAUGUUUACUUGACCAUGCAGAAGUGUACCUAGCUACAGUUUAGAGAAACCAAUAAUUUGCUAAGAAGUAAAGAAGUUUGAUAACUGUAUUCAAGCUUUGUAAGUGCACAGCCUUAUGUAUAAUGAAAUAGCCUUUUUUAGGUCAAUUUGUAAGGUUUGCUUUUAUGUGCAACAGCUUGAGCAAACUAGUUUCUUUGGUUGCUCAACUGUCCUCCAAAAUAAGCAGGUUUUAUUCUAGUCUCAAGCGAUGUCAAUUCCUAUCUAUGGGCAUGUAAUAGGUUAUCCAAUAUCUUGUAUGGAACUGCAUUAGGGUACAGUUUAAUGCAGCAACAGAAUUUUUAUCACAGUGUGAGAUGACUUUCUAUCAAGAACUUCCCAUUAUUAUUAGUUUUUUUAAUCAAAUUUACUUUUCAUUUUAUUUAUUUGUAAUUCUUUUUUUUUCAAGUACUUGCUACUAUUCCCUGCCUGCUCAGACGCAAUGAAUUAGCGGCACAGGCCACUCGAGUCAUUAUCCCACGUGAUGCCAUCCGUGAUGUAUUACACCUCUGUGGUUGUCGAAGGGACUCCACGCACCACUCAUGAACAUUCCAUAAUAAUGACUUGGCAAUAUGUCAUUGAUCUCCAAGUACUAAUGUGAUGAAUGAAAUGUAUUUUUUUGGUGAUAAUAUAUUAUUUUUUUUUGUUUUUUGUUUUUUUGAUUUUAUUUUACUUUAGUUUCAUUCAAGGGUAGUAGUUGUAGUAGAAUGCAUCUGUUCACAAGGCCCAAAGAGCUCGUUUUGUAUAUUUCUGCCCCAGAGUAUAGUCAGAUUGAAAUUCUUAGAGACGAGAUAAAUGUUUUUUAAAUAUGAAUUUGCAGUCGUGAAAGGUUGUCUGUUGGUAAGCACUAUCAAGAAAUUGACAUUGUCUUGAUUAGCUCUACAAUAUAAGUACACCCAGGAAUUACAAGGGAAGUGGCAUGAGGUGAAAGAUGUGCUUGCAAUAUUGCACCAUUUCUAAUUGGAGAACCCUUCUUGAAGCUGAUUGAGAAUGAGGUAUACAUACAAAGAACAGCUAUCGGCACUAUAGACCUGCAGGUAGUUGUGAAGGCCAGGGGGAUUUGCAUCAGUAGAGCCAGGAUACUGCCAGGCUUUGUCGACAUACUGGUCAGCUGUAAAUAACCUUGGAGGUCACCUGCACAAGUCAACUAGGUGUGGGGAGCAAAAAUUUGUGAUUAUGUUUUGGGGGUGGCGGAUGGUCGUGUUGAAGGCAGCAGACCAGCAGGCCCUCACAGCUUCAGUUUUCCCUUGUCUCCCCCCCCCUCUCCCUUCCCCUCACCCCAGCCCCAUCCUCGACCUCCCCUCCAUCCCUUUCCCCCUCCCUCCCCCUCCCCUUCCAUCCCCCCUCCGGAUUCCAUCCUGUCCAUUACUUUCCUUUUUAACCUCACUUUCCUUCUCAUUUCCUUACUCAUGUUCCACUCCUUCCGACUGUCCCACUGUCCCCCUCCAACCCUGGACGCCACCAGUCCAUGUACAGACUUCACACUGAGUGAUACUGUCGUGCAGUCAUCCCACGAUCCAUUACCAUAUUGUUUUAUCAUCAUCAAAAUGUUACUCUGUAUCAGCUUUAACCAUUUUAAAAUAAAAGACGAGCUUCCU